GCACACAUUGGCAUAUAUCGUAACAUCCGCCGUGUGUACGUGCGGCGAGGCAGCCAUAUUAAACUUCCGUUCUUCAAGGGUAUCUGAAGGCACCAGGCGAGACAACAUGUACCGGUUCGCUAAAGCUGCAGUCAAUAUCACCGGUCAGGCAGCGAGGCAGGUGAGGCAUGGAUCCUCCGCCCAACCGGACUUUCACACCAAGCACGGCAACACUGUGCUGAUCGGUGGGACUGUCUUCUGUGUUGCCGUGUGGUCAUACGUGCUGACUCAGACUGGCCUCACCUGGAAUCCGUCACCUGUUGGCAGGAUGAUGCCUAAAGAGUGGAGAGAGAAAGAGGAGGAGGAGUAAAGAGCCUCCAUUACAGACCUACAUCCCACCUAAUAAUAAACCUUCUGGUUGUACAGAUCUAUAAUGUGUUCAUACAGUAAAUUCCAACAUGUUACUUUGUCCAAAUAAAUUAACUGUGAUUCUACUGAU